GCCAAAUAAGGCUAGGGAAAGAGACUGGAAAAUUGUCAAGUGAGAUUUACGCGAGUAGGCGGGAGAAAAAGGCCGAGGAAAAUCCGGGAAAUUUCGGAUGCAGAAACCUCGAGAGCGGAGUAGCCGGACAAAAUGGCCGACUUCUCGGCGGCAGAAUGUCUGGUAAUCUGUGGCAGUCUUGUCCUCGUAGCUCUUUUACUCGCGGAAAUUCUGGAUUGGUCGCAAUUCUUCCCGCCGUCCGAAAUUCGGUCUACCCUGGCUUUCGAGUUCGGCUAUGCCGAUCACAAUGGACCUCACACUUGGAAGAUGCUCUAUCCUCUGAGCCGAGGCUCUAAUCAAUCCCCAAUUAAUAUCACGACCCGAUUGGCCACCGUGGUGCAGCCUUGCGAGUCUCUUAAAUGGAACGGCUACAACGCCCGCUCUUCGUCGAUGAAGAUGAUAAACGACGGAAAUUCUGUCAUAAUUUGCGGCUCCUGGCCGGAAGACUCCAAGCCCUGUCUCGAAGACGGUCCCUUCCACCACGUGUACGAUUUCCACUCGAUGAUCUUCCACUGGGGUCCCUCCGACGACGAAGGGAGUGAACACACCCUGGACUUUGUCAGAUACCCCAUGGAGAUGCAAAUGGUCCACGUUAAACGUGGAUUUAAAUCCCCGACAGACGCCAUUGUCCUCGGCGCGAAAGACGGCAUGGUGAUCGUCUCCUGUUUCUUCCAGAUAGGAAAUGGCGAUAACCCAUAUCUGGACCAUAUAGUGACCAAUUUGUGGCGAGUAGCGUGUCCGAAUACGAAGACGGCCAUUCCGGCAUUUCCGCUGGAAUGGAUACUUCCUACAUUUCCAAAAAAUUAUUACACGUAUUUUGGAUCGUUAACCCAGCCUCCGUGCAAUGAGAUCGUUACCUGGAUUAUCCAUCCAGAACCUAUUGCCAUUUCCGGCAAUCAAAUGGCCGAAUUUCGUAAGGUGCACUCGAUCGAGGGGCCAUUGUUGUUAAAUUCCCGACCGGUGCAAAAAUUGAACGACCGAGAGAUCUAUUAUCACGGCUGAUAUCAAGACCCAUUGCCUUAUCACUAUACAACCCGUCGAUAAUAAAUAAAUCCGUAUCGCAAUGACAUUAUUAUCCAUAAUUACGCAAAACAAGAGGUUCAGAAUCCCUUCGCAAUGAAUUCUAAAAUAAUUAUAAAUUUUUACAGGUGUAAAAAAUCCCGGUAAUUAAUUUAGUUAGUACACCUGUAGAACAACGAGUACACAGAUAACCGCAUUUAUUAUCUAUCGUGGACAAUGCAUUGUACAUCGAUGAGAUCCUACGAUACAAGUACACCGACAGUAUUAUCUCCAAUAUUUGUAUCCCCGAAUAAUCGCCUCUUGUUUUUUAAAAUCAAUGAAGGUUGUUUAUAAAAUAUAUUUAGCCAAUAUAUACGCGGUCUGUAUUAAAAAUAAUUUCACCCGCUACACGUGGGGGAUUUUAUCAUUUUUUUUUCAUUCCUCUUCUUCUCCCUCGGGAAUCUUAGAGCAUCGUCGUAAUUAAUCGCAAUCGCCGACGAUUAAUAAAUAUAUUUACAAAUUAUCGCGUAAUUAGGAAAUCAUGUAUACGAUUUGGCACACUCGAGGACCGUUUAUGAAGGGUAAUCUCGGUAAUGUUCCACCUCUUAUUCCUCUUAUCAAUGCCGAAGCCGACUUAUCGCGCUUCUAUUCUUCCUCUUUGGAGUAAAACAAAGAACAGGAAUUGAAACCGAUGACUUUUUUUAAUAAAACAAUGGAUUAGUCCCUCGAAUCACCUACACGAAAACCAUAACGCACUUAUCACAUAAUAUAUACUAUUUUUUUUCACAUACUUUUGCGAAUUAAGGUGAAGUGAAACACGUCUUG